AUGAUUCUUAUAUGUUGCCUCCUCCUUCUCCUGCUGCUCCUGCUGCUGCUGCUCCUGCUGCUGCUGCUGCUGCUGGUGCUGCAGCAGCAGCAGGAGGGGGGGGUGCUGGUGGUGCAUGCGGUGGGGGAGGGGCAGCAGCAGCAGGAGCAGGAGGCUUCGGCAAUACAAGCAGGACAGCUGUUGGUGCCCCAGCAGCACUUUCAUCCUCAUCAGCAGCAGCAGCAGCAGCAGCAGCAGCUGCAGCAGCAGCAGCAGCAGGCGCAACAAGUGCAUCAGCACCACCACAACAACAACCACCACCACCACCGCCUGCAGCAGCAGCAACCCCAUCAUCAUCAUCAUCAGCAGCAGCAGCAGCAGCAGCAGCAGCAGCAGCAGGAGCAGCAGGAGCAGCAGGAGGUGUAUACAGCAGCAGCAUGUGUUUCAAAAACAGCAGCAGCUGUGUAUUCCCUUUAG